CUGCACUAGCGUCCGGAGAUGUCGACGAAGCCAAGCACUUCCCCUUUCGAUCCGCAGCUCUGGCUCGAAGCAUCCUGUCUUAAGUUCGGAGGGAAACCCAUCCCCCGUCCAACGGCUUAUAUUCCAUUUCUUUGUCACGCCACACUAUUCGCGGUGGUGCCCACCAUGAGCGCGUGCCGCGUCGCGUCCUUCGUGUCGGGACCCGUGGCCCGCUGCGCCCUGCUCGGCCUCCUCGUCUCCGCCCUGCUGACGGCGGCCUGCCUCUCCGCCUCGGGCGGGGACGCGGGCCAGAAGGUGGCCGCGGCGCUCGAGGAGACGUGGCUGGUCGUGGCCCUGCUCAUCGUGCAUCUCGUGGUCUCCCGGCUCCGCGGCGACGCCCCCCCGAAGCCGCGCAAGAAGAAGGCGGGCGCCGCCCUCGAGGAGCGCGGCUGCGAGGCCGCCUUCGCCCCCGCUCCGGGAGGGGCGGCGUGCGGCGACUCCUCGGGGGACGACGCGCUCCGCGCGCAGGCCAUCGGGAAGCUCACCACGAGGGUCCGCUCCCAGGUGAAGGCGGGCGACAUGGCGGGCGCGGAGGAGUCGAUGCGGGAGAUGCGCGAGGUCGG